AUGGCCUGGUCUCAUAUGGAGGAGGAAGAUCACACCGCCGACCCAGUGCUGUCUGCGCACUGUGAGGCUGCCGGCUUGGAGCUUGCGGUACGGACCUGGUGGCGCGGUGCACCCGGUCGAAGAACUCAGCGGGAGGACGUCUGGCUCCAAAAGAAUGCAGCAGGUGGCGUGCAGGCUGGUGCGCACCAGCGUUUGAUGCGUUGCGGGAUUCCUGAGAACGUUCUCCGGAGCGGCGUUCAGCUGGGCCAGGCCCUCGCGAAGGAUGCAGGGGUUUCCAAGAACUGGCGGCAGGUGGUGGAGAAUGCAUCCACUUGUGACAGCACCAGGAGGAAUCCGCCGAGCACCCCGACGGUGGCCAGCCCCGUUGGCAGCCCGGGCAGCGCGCGGGGCGCCAAAGAGGCUGUGAGGAAGUUCCAGGUCAAGCUGAUGCAGGAGGUGAACCAAAAUUUCGACCUCCGCUUGCCGAAGUCCGCUGGCGGAGGGCUUUUGCUCUCGCCGAGGAGGAAGCGGCCGGAAAUCGAUCCAACUGCGACUCCACGUCGGAACGAGGGGCUUCCACCACCGCGAGCCGUGCAAGAAUCGGACGCCCCAAGGCUGGUGGCUCCGCUGGUUCGCCCCAACAGCGUCAGCCCAAGCGAGCGGCAGGAUUCGCGAAGCAAGGGCUAUGGUCGCGCAGCCGUCGCCCUUCCGGCGCUGCGCAUCAUGAACGAGCUGAAGGACCACGAAUCGGAGCGACUCGCGAGCAAGGGUUCGCGGGCGACUCCCAGACCUAGGAAAGCAGAUGAGCCGAAGGACGGCGCUGAAACUGGGGGCAAGGGCUCCCGGACUCGACGGCAGCUGGAACUUUCGGUGGACACUACUCGAGAUGUGACAGAAAGCGAUGUCACGCCAAAGGCGUCGGGGGCCUCGGAAGAUAUCCGCCAAAUGCUCCGCUCCCCGUCGCACCCCGGGUCGGAGACGGGUGCCUACCCACCCCGCUCGCGGAGCAAACUACAGGACAUUUUCGCAGAGACCUCGAGCAAGCUGUUGGAACAUGGAUUGGGCCAAGGUUUGCGGGCGCAUUCGAUGCGACCCGGCAGUUCGCAGUCUGAGACCAUUCCAUUGUCGCCCUCGCGGUUCAGUUCGAAGGCGAGCAUGAACAGUCCUCGGCGGGCGCAGACCAGCAGCCGCUUCGACGAGUGGACCAAAAAGCAGGAAGAGAAGAAGACAGAGGAGGCCAAGGAGUACGAGGAGGAGUGUCGGAAGAUGGCGAGCGCGACGGACCUAAGCGUGGCUCUGAAAACCAGCACGUUGCUAAAUGACAAGAACGUGGCGCCUGAAGUGUUCCAGAAGAAGGCCGUUCAUGACCUCAAUGACAUUCGCAGAAUCUUCUCCCACUUUGACCAGGACGGCUCCGGCUACAUCGAGCCACCUGAGUUCAUCCCGCUGCUAGCCAAGCUUCUGCGUCGCCCGCAAGAGGAUCUCGACAGAGGAGAGGUCUGGGCCGUGUGGGAUCAGGUGGACGCAGAUGGCAGUGGCAGCAUCGACUUCGAUGAGUUCCAAAAGUGGUAUGCCGAGCUGAUGGGCAUCGACAUUCUCGACUAUGGGCAGAAUUUCAUUCCAGACGACAUCUCGGAGGAUCAGAAGAUGGUUCGCAGCGUCGCCAAAAGCCUGGGCAGGACCAUCCUCGAGGUGGAGAAGCUCUAUGAUGAGUUUAAGAAGCUGGAUGCAGACAACUCCAACACCCUGGAGAUGAACGAGUUCAAAGUCUUGAUUCAGAGGCACUUUGCACCAAAAGGUCCUGAAGUGCCCGAGCACGUCUUCAAGAUGUUUUGGAAGGAUUUCGACAAGGAUGGCCGGGGAUCUGUGACAUUCAUUGGAUUUGUCAAGUGGUACCUUAAGUUCAUGCGCGGGGACCAAGACCCCAUGCAGAUGUACUUUGCCUACAUGUCUGCCAGCCGAUGA